AUGAAGUUGAUCAGCAGCGAACUGCCAGAAGGCGCGCCUCCGCAGACGCAGCUAUAUGCGGAUGUCAAGGCCUUUCUCGCCUACAUUGAAUCACAGAAUGGGUACAGCAUGCACGUCAUGCAAGCAUUGCUCUUGAUCUCGCUCUACGAGCUCGGGCACGCCAUCUAUCCUGCUUGCUACCUCUCCAUAGGACAUGCGGCUCGUCUUGGACACGCGACGGGCCUGCAUCAACGUGAUGCUCCCCAAAUGCUUCCACGGUUUCACACCUGGACUGCGCAGGAGGAGAAACGACGAGUGUGGUGGGCAGUCGUCAUUUUGGAUCGUUUCAGUAGCAUUGGACAUCGAAAAACCCCUUUCGCCACCUACGUCCCCAGUCUCGAUGCACAUCUACCCACUGACGAUGACAAUUGGGACCGAGGCCAGUUGGUGGUUGCAGCACCACUCGCUCUCUCAGCCUCACCCUCUGUACAAGCAGCCCCAUUUGCAAGAACCUGCCAGGCUGCGCACCUUUUGGGCAAAAUUGUUAGACAUGUCAAUGACAAGGCAUUGCCGAAUACGUAUCGCUUUGAAGAGGCACUCCAGCUCCACCGGACAAUGCGAGCUCUGACUGCUGCAUUGGUUCAAGAGGCAGCGAACGAUGAUCCUGACCAGGGUCCCACUCUUUGCACUGCGCUCGCCAUAUGCUAUUCCGCACUGCUGACACUUUACGACGCAAACAGCUGCACCAAGGAACAUACAGUAGACACUACAGAAGCUCAACUGCUGAUGCAGAAGGAGAGCGUUGAGGGUUUGCGCGAGAUCACAGCUGGGGCGAUGGAUCAUGCUCGAAGACUUCGCGCUUUUGCGGAGCGAAGAGGAGGCUGGGGUGGCUUGAGUCCGUUGGCCAUUGAUCCUCUGUACCAAGCUGCAGCGAAUUAUGCUUGGUACGUGCGAGAGUCAAGUGAUCUGCAGUGCAGUGAGCGCUUGCAAGAGGUCAAAGAAAUCUUGAUGGUCAUAGACCAAAGGUGGCGUGUUGCUGGUCAGUAUAUCUCUGCAGUCACUACCGUCUGGCAAAAUCUUGCAUCUUCCUGA